AUGAGCAAGAUUCUACUCACAGGCGCUACAGGAUACGUUGGCGGCACUGUUCUCGCCCAGCUCAUUGCAAGCACAGCACCGAGCAUCAAAAAUCUCACUUUUGACCUCCUCAUCCGCGACGAAACGCAAGCUCAGAAGCUCAAAACCGUAUACGGCUGCCGUGUAAACACCAUCAAAUGGUCCGGUCUGGAAGAUGUAGCCUUCAUCGAAGACACAGCGUCCAAGUACGACAUCAUCAUCAACACAGGCUCUGGCUUCAUUCCUGAAGGCGCCAUUGCCUUUGUCAAUGGACUCGCUCGCGGCAUCAAUGCUGGAAAGCCAGCGCCAUGGAUACUACACAUAUCAGGUUGCACGAAUCUAUCCGACCGUCCCAUAUCGCAACCUCCACGACCCAUACGAGAAUGGAACGACGAGACGGACAAACGCAGGAUCUUUAGCUUCAUGAGAGCGCUCGAUGAGAUGGAGCCCUACACGCAGAGGACAACCGAAGUGGGCGUCUUGGAGGCUGCUGAUGCUACUGGCGUACAAGCUAUCAGUAUCAACACACCAUGCAUCUUUGGCGAAGGCACCGGCUUGUUCAACAAGCAAGGCCUGGUCAUUCCAUUGAUCAUGAUGUACGUUGUACAGCAUGGAUACGGUUGGAAGCUCAACGAGACAGCAAACUUCGAUUGGGUUCACGUCAUCGAUCUCGCCGACAUCUACGUCCUUCUCGUACGCAAGAUCCUCGAACGCGAAGAUCGCGGCGUCGGUUACCUCCCAUCCGGCAAGAACGGCGUCAUGUUCGCGGCCGUCGGGCGCACACUCAUCAAGGAUAUCAACCAAGGGUGUCUAGACGCAGCAUUUGCUGACGGUAUCCUGCCACGUGAAGGUACUCCCAAAGAGAAGGAGAUUCGAUCUGUGCCGCUGCAUGAGAUUUCCGACAAGCUCACUGCGGGUCGUCGCGAUAUCGCGGAGCGUGGUUGGGGUGGGCAUAAAGCUACGAAAGCGGUACUUGCACGCAAGCUAUUGGGCUGGAAGCCAAAGAGGCAGCAAGAUGCUUGGGAAGCUGACUUCCAAGCCGAACUGAUUGCACUAAAGGAGAACAGGCGCAUGGUGACAAUGGAGAGCUGCAUCGGCGCGACUAAAAAGUGA